AUGGAGACCGAUCCGGAAGUUCUGUUGGAUCGUGCUGCUGGCGCCAUUCUCGGCGUCUUCAUCGGUGAUGCGCUGGGUGUCGGUGUGCAUUGGCAGUACGACCUCGACAAGCUCGAGAAGGAGCGUGGCUAUGUGACUGGAUACCUGGACCCACUGCCCGGUACCUUCCAUUCAGGGACAAGCGAUGCCCCAGGAAAAGGCCAGCUUAAAGCAGGUCAGCUUGAACAGCAAGGGGAGGUGACGAAGCUGUUGCUGAGCAGCCUGGCAAGCCAGCGAUGCCUCGACCAAAGUGAUUUUCACGACCGCUUUGAGAAGCAGAUCCUACUCGAGGAAACCAUGGACGGAACACGCCAAGGAGGCAAGUAUGGCUGGACAGACAAAACCAUCUGUGAUUUCUACAAAGCUCGCGUCGUCGAGAAGAAGCCGUGGACAGAGUGCGCUCUGCCUCGCAGCGACACACCCGACACCAUUGUUCGCGGAGCUCUCAUUGCAGCAGCCUACUGCCUCAGCCCACGCGCCAUGUGCUGUCAAGUGCAGGCUCAUAGCCGGGCCUUCACCUGCGACAGCAGCGUGCAAGCUCACUCCGUGGCCUUUGCGUGCCUCCUGUCCGGAAUUAUUCAAGGACUGGCUUUGAAUAAAGAUCUCUCCUGGAAAGUCUACACACAAGCAGGAGAUCCGCUGCCUUUUUCAUCAGUCCACAGUGAGAAAGACCAUGAUGCGGAGUACGGGGACUACACGGAGCCCGACUCUCUACUUUGGUUCGGAAUGAUUGCCGAAGGCGUGCAGAACGUCGGAAAGCACAUUGAGCCUGCACACCGUGGCGUGGAGCUCUACGGCAAGUUCUGCGCCUUCUACGGCGUCCUGGGCUCCGCCUACUAUUGCGCCUCUCGCUUCCCAGAUGACUUUGAGAAGGCCGUGCUUUGCAGCUUGAAUGGCGGAGGCCAGAACACCAUGCGAAGCAGCUUGGUCGGAGCCAUGAUGGGAGCCAGCGUCGGCCUCAAGGGCAUUCCCAAGCACUUCAUCGACGGCCUCGAGGACCACGAGAGCAUCGCGAAGAUGGCGCUGGAGGUGGCGCAGCAUGCCCUGGAUCGAGCAACUCCCUCGGAUGCAUGGCGGUGGCCCGAGGGCACUUUGCCGGCCAUUGGCGUCAAGAAGCGGUCCGAGUGA